UUGUUUCUGCUGCUGGAAAUUUUCUGUGUGGUUUGGCUUGGUUUGGUAAGGAUUAGAAAUCAUUUCGGUGGGCUGGGCUCGCUGGCUGGCUGGCGUUAAGCCGCGUCGCGUGGUAAUGCUGGGGGAGCUUCCUUGAGGUCAACGUGGGGUGUGGAGCGGAAUCAGGUGAGAGGUACGUAGUCGUAUGUUUCUAAGACAUAGUGCGCGAUGGAGAUCUCAACGGUGUUUCUUUCUUUCUUUUUCUUUGGUUUGGUGCUUAGCCCAGAGUCUGGGCAUGACAACAGCCCGAGGAUCCCGAAAUGGUGCAGCACCAUUCAAGCGCAGCCGAGAAAAGUCAAUAUAUUUUAGCAUUUGGGAUUUUGGGGAGCAGGUAAGUCUAAGCAGUCAGCAAAUCUUGGGUCCUCGGGAGCGGGCUGAACAAACGGCCAUUGGACACACGGGUAAAGUGUGUUGGAUCUCGAGGCUCAUUUGGGCUUGGCCUUGGGAACACUCCACAGCUCUGUAUCGGUUUACCGCAGCCUUGCAGAGGGACGCUGACAGGCAUUUAGAGUGCUUGCGUCUAUGUUGCUUUAGGCUUUGGGGGGAUCCGGGAGCCUGAGCGAAGGCCUAUGGAAGAAGCGCUGCUAAGCGCUGGGGAAGUUCUGGCGGGACGUUGGAAGCAAUGUUCAGGGUCUUCGUUUGCAGGAGUGGUCCAGAAUAGUCUCGUAAGUGUUCGAGGCGUCCAUUUCUGGGUUGCGCAUUUUCUGCAAUAGGGACGAGUAUUUUGG